AUGAAAAAAUUACCCAGCACUUAUCUAGAACCUAAAAUUUUCGAUAACAAAUAUAUUAUAAAGAAUCAACUGAGUUCAGGAUCUUUCGGGGUUGUAUAUUUAGCAAUUCAUAAAAUAACAAGAGAAGAAGUAGCAGUCAAAUUAGAAAAAGGAGAACAUGAAACUUUGGAUAGAGAAGUUUAUUUACUGACGAAAUUAUAAGGAAUACAAGGAAUAACCAAACUUUAUUGGUUUGGAGCAGAAUAAAAUUAUAAUGUAAUGGUUGUUGAAUUAUUGGGAAAAGACCUAGGAUAUUAUAGUCGAACAUAUAAAUAAUUGUCUCUAAAAACGGGAUUGCAAUUAUUGGAUUAAUUAUUGACAACCUUUAAAUUAGUGCAUUCAAGAGGAAUAGUGCAUAGAGAUUUAAAACCUGAAAACAUAAUGAUGGGCAAAUAAAAUACAUCUAUUGCUUAUUUAGUUGAUUUUGGUGUUUCAAAAUUAAUUCUAGAUAAGGGGAAACAUAUGUAAAGCCCGUUUAAGGAUAGAAAAUCAUUUAUUGGAACUACCAGAUAUGCUUCAAUAGCUGCUCACAAAGGAUUUGAAAUUAGUAGAAAAGAUGAUUUGGAAUCUAUGAUGUAUGUCAUUAUCUACUUAAUUUUAGGUAAGUUACCAUGGUAGAAUUUAUAAAAUAUUGGUGAUAAAGAUAGAACUGUUGCAGUUGGAGAAGUUAAAAUGAGUACAACCAUUGAAACCUUAUGUAAAGAAUUACCAAUUCAAUUUGUAGACUAUCUUAAAUAUCUAAAAAACUUAGGCUUUGAAGACCAACCUGAUUACGAUAUGCUUAAGACAUUAAUGAAACAAUGUAGUAAUCCUAAUACUUACGAUAAUCAAUUUGAAUGGUCAGAUAAAUAACAAAAUAAAGACUCUGUUUUGGAAGUCAAAGUUUAGGGUUCGUUCUUAGCUGUUCCUGGAAAUGAUGGUGCUUAAAGAUCUAAUACUAAAAAGCAAUCCAAUAUAUCAAAUCUUGGAUCUUCAUCUUCGAAUGUUGUUAAAUAUGUGCCAUCUUUUCAGGAUGCUGUAUAAUUAAAAUAAUCAUCGUAAGCUCCAAUCAAAAUUGCUGCAAGUCAACCUCAUAUGGAUUUUAAUUUACAUAGUGAAACUGUUGAUUUUGAAGAUAUUGAAGAAAAUAUGAGUAACCAUCCAACUCUAGAAUAAAAAUACUUAAAUUUAUCAGGGUUUGAUGCUAAAUUUAAAGAUGAAAAAAUGAAAUUAUCUCGUUCUGCAAUUAACGUUUUUGAUUAAUGA